AUUUGCAGCCGAGGGCAAUGGCGCACGGGUAACUGCAGCUGCCUUGUACGCGCCCUUUGAGUUUGGCCUUGUGAGCGCUACGGAAUCCGCGAGGUUCCGAUUCCUCUGUUUGUUUGUACGACGUUCCGCUUUCUCUUCUCCGGGGGUGAGCAAAGACCCAGGCUGAGAGUCGCCGGGGACAGAGACGGGAAUAAAGUGCUGUGUAUGUGUGUGUAGAUGUGUGACAGCGGAGUGUGUGAGGACAAGCCCCCUGCCCCCCCUGUCAGGAUGAGCAGUCAAGGAGGAGGAACCAAGGACCCCCAGUCAGCCAAUCACAGCUCUCGGCCGCUGCCGUCUGUACCGAAGGACAGAAAAACUGGAAACAAGAUCAUCUCCAUGUUUGCCUAUGAAAAAGGAGGCAAGAAGAAGGACCGGGAUAAGGACAGGCCUGAGAUAUCCUCCCCAUCCGACUUUGAACACACCAUUCAUGUGGGUUUUGAUGCUGUCACUGGAGAGUUCACUGGCAUGCCGGAGCAGUGGGCCCGUCUCCUUCAAACCUCCAACAUCAGUAAAUCUGAACAGAAACAGAAUCCUCAGGCCGUCCUUGACAUUCUCAAAUUCUAUGACUCCACCAGUGGAAAACAGAAAUACCUCAGUUUUUCUGCAUCAAAUAAGGACUCGCAAUCACCAGGCAAGCAGGGAUGCAGCGGUCAGGUGACUGUGACUCAGCCUCCAGUGGUGACAUCUAGUCCAGGAUCCACUGUCACUCUGACCUGUAAAAUCGACCAAGCUGUCGCAACCUGUAGUGGUGCGCAGU